AUGCCAAAAUUAUCUCAGCCCAGCCCGUUAGCUGCAGGAAGAAAAAGUCCCCUACAUAAAUUGGCGACUCUGCUGGGGAUUAAGCCAUUACCUUCAUCAAUGCCUCCAAGAAAGAAGACCAGAAGCAACAACAUAACUUCCCAGGAUGGGCCAAGCCAUGCUGACUCAGAGUCAAGGCAACAUGCCUCUUCUAGAGAAGAAGAACGUGCAAGUGAGGGAACUUUUACCCUCACAGAUCUUGUUGCAGCCAUUCGUGCUAUGGGUGACACCCAGAGGGAGAUGGCAGAGAUGAUAAAAGAACUCAAAAUUCGGCUCCAAAGCCAAGUGAAGUGA